UAAAGAGCUGCAGGAUCUGCUAGUCUGCAACAGGUCAGUCAGUACCAGACAUCGAGUGAGAGCCUCCGAGCUGCUGGACAAGAAUGAAAAUCGAAAACAUUGACCUCACUAUGAAAACCUUUCAAGACUCUCAAUCCUACAUAAUCACAAAUCAAGAAUGUGGGUGACCAACCUUAUUGCUCUGUGCCUCUUGGCCGUGGCCUCCUGUGCAGAAGAGAAGAAGCUGAGCAGUCAUGCCACCUCUCUGGCUGACACCAGCGCUGACCUUGCAUUCAAUCUGUACCACACUUUAGCCAAAGAGAAAGAUCUGGAUAACAUCCUGAUCUCCCCUGUAGUGGUGGCUUCCUCGCUGGGUCUGGUCGCCCUCGGUGGAAAGUCCUUAACCGCUUCGCAGGUCAAAACCGUCCUGAAGGCCAACACCCUAAAAGACGAGCACCUGCACACAGGCCUCUCUGAGCUCUUAAGUAAGGUUAGUGACUCUGAAAAGCGCAACGUCACCUGGAAGAUCAACAACAGACUGUAUGGCCCCAGCUCCGUCUCUUUCUCUGAUGAUUUUGUCAAGAACAGCAAGAAGUACUACAAGUAUGAGCACUCCAAGAUCAACUUCCGUGACAAGAGAAGUGCUAUCAACUCCAUCAAUGAGUGGGCUGCCAAGUCCACUGAUGGCAAACUGCCAGAGAUUACCAAGGAUGUGAAGAACACAGAUGGUGCCAUGAUCAUCAACGCCAUGUUCUUUAAACCUCACUGGAAUGAGAAGUUCCACCACAAGAUGGUUGAUAACCGUGGCUUCCUUGUGAGCCGCUCCUACACCGUCUCUGUCCAAAUGAUGCAUCGUACAGGUCUUUAUGGAUUCUAUGAUGACACAGAGAACAGGCUUUUUGUUCUUGAAAUGCCUCUGGGCCAGAAAAAAUCCAGUGUGGUCUUCAUCAUGCCCUACCACUUGGAGCCCCUGGAAAGGCUGGAGAAGCUCCUGACCCGUGAGCAGCUGAACACCUGGUUGAGCAAGCUGGAGGAGAAAGCAGUGGCCAUUUCCCUGCCUAAAGUUGCUAUGGAAGUCAGCCACGACAUCCAGAAACAUCUGGCAGAACUUGGACUGACCGAGGCAGUAGACAAGUCCAAGGCUGAUCUGUCCAACAUCUCAGGCAAAAAAGACCUCUACCUGUCCAAUGUAUUUCAUGCAUCUGCUUUGGAAUGGGACACUGAGGGCAACCCAUUUGAUACCAACAUCUUUAACACAGAAAAGCUCAGGAACCCCAAGCUGUUCUAUGCUGACCAUCCGUUCAUCUUUUUGGUAAAGGACAACAAGACCAACUCAAUCCUCUACAUGGGCAGACUGGUGAAGCCCAAGGGUGACAAAAUGAGAGAUGAAUUGUAGUGUUAUGGUGCUGAUGGGUAAUAGAUUCUUGAAUUUUUUAUGUUUGAUUCAGGAAAAUGUGUAAGUUAACGGUGUGUCUGGUCCCUCACGAGCACAUCCCAGCAGACUGUGCGUGCAUGGUGAAUAGAAAAAUUGUUGUUUUUUCCCCAAAUACAUUUAAGCCAAAACUCAAAGAGAACAACCGUGUUCCUGAUAAACAAGAUACCAAACUCAACCAGGUUUAACAUCAACCUGACCAAAGUGUCCUUUUUAUGGUCUUUACCGCAUACCAUCAGAAUAAUAUUAUACUUAAAUUAAGUAUGCUAAUGUUGAUGUUGACUUUGGUAUUUUGUUACUGCUUGUUCCUCUAGAGUUUAUGUUACAUAUGUGUGGGUUUCCUACCUUUAAUGUUUAAAGAAAAUGAAUUUUUGCACAAAUGUUUUCAAUUUAUCAAACAUUCCACCACUCACUCUUCAGUUCCAAUUCACCUGGUUGCUGCACUGCUGUUAUUGUGAACCCAUGCCUUUUAAAGUUACAUUAGAUCAUUUGUGGUUUGGACAUUUUUCAGUUGUGUUUGCCAUGUAAUGCCUGUUGUACUGUGCUCCCUACUUUUUUAAAA